AUGCGUUCCUUUGCGCUUUAUGUCUUUACACUCCUUCUCACGGUUAGACAACUAAUUGGAGUCCUUGCUAGUCCAAUACACGAACUUGCGGCUAUAGGGCACCUCCAGGAGAAUACAAAGUUUGAAGAGAGAGCAACAACUCUCUUUGUCCCGCUGAACCAAGCUGGACUUAAUAAUCCUACCUAUAUAGGGACAUUGGGCACAUCUUCACUAUUGCCUACCCCUUUUACUGUCGCCGGUUCAUAUGAUAAAUCAGUGUCGGACAAUCUUGCUGGAACACGAGUCUCCAAGAACAUCAGUAUUCGAGCCGGGCAUAUCCGUUUCAAAGCUGAUCCGGGACUGACACCUUACGCUCGAAACGUCUUAUGCAAGUCUGAGAAGGAAUUUCGCAGCAUUUUUGGGGACUAUUAUGUUGCUGGAUACCAGAUUGGAGCUGAAGUGGGAGGAUGUGUGACUAUCACACAAUCAGAUCAGUCUGAAGAAAAGCUGGUGCAAGUUCAGGCCACUGCCAAGGUACUCUGGAUGAAGAAGACCAUCAGCACUACAACAUCAUCGAAAGAGGUAUCUUCAGAUCACUCCAUAUCCAUCAACGGCUAUGAUACCCUACGGCAACGCACCGAGGAGGUAAAGGGAACCAAUCUGGAGGAAAUCCACCAGAUGUCGAAGGCGUGUAUGGACCGAAUCGGCAAUCUGCAAGCGACAGUCGAACAAACAAUAUUGGAUUUGGGUCUGGGCACAGAUGCUGGCGUAUCUGUAAAAGAUUGUGCACGAUUGUGCGAGUCUGGCCUGGUCGUCCAGCUGAUACUAGCUCCUUACUCUAAGCUUGCAGAAUAUGUAGCGCUAACCAGUAGUCAUAGCUUGGAUAUUCAAUGA